AUGUCCGGAACCAAAUUUGAGUUCAUUGCGGUUUGCUAUAAGAUCUUUUGGUGUCCUGACUAUGACCAAGAGCCAGCUCCAGGCAAUGGAUAUGUGGUGUUUCUGAAAAGCAUCACAAUUAGUGCAUUUGAUGGGGCUGACUUUGACAUUGAUUACGCUCAGAACGGAUGCAACGCUGUACAUUUGAGUGAACCGGAUCGGUCAAAUGUUGAGCAGAUCAAUGCUCCUUGUUGGGAUCCAUUACCUUUCAGCAUCGAAGGAAGAACUUUGACGGCCGAGUCCGGUGAAGUGAUCCUCAACAAUGAGGGACCUCUCACAAUGAUCAAGUUUAUACAAACCGAUCCUCUUUCGACAAACCCCGAGUGUAAGACCUUUCAGCAGGAGUUAUCAUGCCUAAACCAUGUUCAAGAUAGUUAUCCCGUGUACGCUGGAGGAAAUCCAGAGGAGGAAUUGCUUGACGUCAAUUUGGACACAACUACACUUUGGACGCCAUUUUGGUACCCUUGGCUUUUCGAUCAGCCGGAUUUGAUUGCUUAUGCCUUGAUGAAUUCACACCAAUAUUACAACAAAGCUCCUAAAGUUUUAGCGAACCUCAUCAUUUACAUUGAUGAAGCUGUCGAUUUAAUAAUGGACUUCACGAAACUUCCCUGUAACAACAAAGCAUGCACAGACCCACCUCAAUUUACAGUAAACAACAUCACUCUCGAAGUCGACAGUGACGACACCAUUGUG